AUGGCCGCCAAUCCGGCCAACACCAUCACCGUGACCCUUCGACAGGUCGCCAAGAUGAUCGAUCACUCCCUCCUUCACCCCACAAUGACCGACGACGACGUCCUCGAGGGGCUCCGCAUCUCCAAGCAGUACGGCGUGGCCACGGCCUGCGUCAAGCCGUAUUCCAUUCCGCUCGCCAAGAAGGAGCUCGCAGGCACCGGCGUGCUCGUCUGCCCCGUCAUCGGCUUCCCGCACGGGAACAGCACGACCGAUGUGAAGGUCUUGGAGGCCGACGGGGCCGCCGCGGCGGGCGGUAGCGAGAUCGACAUGGUCGUCAACGUCGGCAAGGUCCUCGGCGGCGACUGGGACUAUGUGGCGGAGGAAAUCCGGCUCGUCAACGACGCCGUGGUCAGACGCGGCGCUGUGCUCAAGGUCAUCUUCGAGAACGACUACCUGGAGGAAAAGCACAUCAUCCGGCUGUGCGAGAUCUGUUCCCAGGUCGGCGUCGCCUUCGUUAAGACGUCCACUGGAUACGGCUUCGUCAAGCAGCCCAACGGCCUCUACACCUACUCCGGGGCGACGGUACCGCACUUGAAGCUCAUGAGAGAUCACUCGAGGCCGGAGGUCCAAAUCAAGGCGGCCGGAGGCAUACGGACACUAGAUGAUUUGCUCCAUGUCAUGUCACUGGGCGUCACCCGCGUCGGUGCAACGGCUACGGUUGCCAUCAUGGAAGCUGCUGUGGCGAGGGGGGUUACUGAUGAGCCAACCACCGUAGAGUUUAGGCGCAUCGGCGGUUCGCCUUCGGGAGGCUAUUGA